UUCUGUGAAUGUUUGGAGUUUGGCCAGCGUUAAACAGCACAAGCUGGGAGAAAGACUGGACUAUCGACAGGAAUUAUGGAAGAGGGAGUGGACUGACCUGCGAGAGAUUUACCAUCAUUAAAUGACUGUAACACAACAAUAAAACCAUUUGUGACACAAGAAGAGGGCACGAUUUGUGUUUGGAUAAACGUUUAUGACUCCACUGUUCAGAUUUCUCUGGAAUUUCUUAUGGAUUAUAAUGUUUGGUUUGAUUGUAAUAUGAAACACUGGUUAUCAAAGAAGUGGCAUUGAGAUGGACAUAAAAUUUAAAAGGGAGGACCCGUUGUUUCCUGAGUAACAAACAAUAGUCAUCUGUUAUUCCACAAGUGUGCGUGUUUACAGUGGUGUACAUACAGCGAGUUGCUUAUCAAGGUGUGUCUGUAUAUGGUGUGUCCUGGUAGAUUGUAAUGGCUUUUGUUGGGUAUAAAAGCAGGUGAUCGUGAGUCCUCCCUCCCUCGAGCGAGAGACAAGAGCCAUCUCAUGAUCAGAUCACAAACAGAUUAUCAGUCUAAAUGAGCAUUAGAGGAACUCGCACAGAGGUGUCUGACAAAACACUCAUAGAGUUUUGCCACUAUCUACCAUUGCUUGAUUUUGGAAAUUUGACAGCCCAAGAGAACUCGAAGGUGCAACUGAUAUCGCGUCUGUAAGACAGUGUUCUGCGCAUGACUUCACCCUGAAACAAGAGCAGCCAGAAUGGAUCAGAAAGGAAACUCCAUCUCUGUUUGAUACUGAACUCACUUGCGGACCUACUUGUUGUGACCAAAUUGGUAAGCGCCGCCAUGUACGUGCUGUGCACCUUGGUGUUGCUUUCUCUCCACAGCCUGUUCAAGAGACCCAAGUUUCUGGAGCCCCAAGAACCCGAGGCUGUGGAGGACUUCAAACAGCCCAACCCGGUUGCAGUCAAACCUGGACGUAGGAAGAGGAGCAAGCACUCCUGGUCAGGAAUUUCUAGAGACCUAGAGACUAAAGUCCACAGGCAAUGUGGUUUUGAAAGCUGUCUGGAUGGAAUGACCAGCAAAUCAAGUCGAAAUAGAUGUGCACAACAGGAGAACGUGCAUGUCAGGAAGAGAAAAGCACAGCCGGUCCAGCGGUGCGGUGCGGGUCUGCUCGGCCCUGCGGUCAUGUACAGCACACGAAAGACCUGGGACGUCAGCCACACCCCCUGCCUUCAGGAACUCUGGAACACAGACCUCCCAUUGGAUGUUUCAGCAAGUUCUUUGGAUAUCCUGAUGAGUGAUGGUGAGGAGGAGAGCUCCUUCCUUUCACUGCCCAAUUCUGUCCUUCAGCGCCAUUGUUUGACCUCUGACCUAUCUGAAGCGGCCACCUCCGAGCAGCAACAGCUCCUGAUACAGACGCUGCAGGAACGGGUUUGUGAGUUUCAGGCGCGCCUCCGCAGUGAAGACGCUGCUAAAAGACUCCUGCUGCAGAGCCUGGAGACGCACGACCACCACAUCAACCAAGAACAUCCAUCAAAUAACCAAGAACGUCCACUUGUUCACCAAGAACCUCACGAGCAGCCCAGACAGCUAAGCAGUCGGCUCAACCAAGCUGUAUCGCCCACAGGUACCAGGUUAUCUAAUGCUGUAAAUCAGAGGCCUGUGGAUUUUAACGCUUUACAAAUAAACAAGGCUCAAUCACAAGAACUGCUCCAAAAAGACGAAGGGGAACAACUCGCUAUCAUCACAGGGCUACGCACACAGGUCAAGGAGCUGGAGGAGAAACUACUGGACCAGACGCAGGAGGUGGAGAGACUGCGCUCUGAGCUGGGGGCGACAGAUCUGGAGAAACAGCUGGAGGUGCUGGAGACUGAGAACCAACGUCUCAAACAGGAGCUGAGGGCUAGUCACGGCCAACAGCCUCAGACCACCUGCUCUACCUCCCACUGCCCACACAGCCAGGUCCUGCGAGGCGAGCUGUGUCGUAAAGAGGAGGAGUGCCGCGAGCGGGAGCGGCGUCUGUCUGCGCUGGAGCAGGAGGUGCAGGUGAAGACGGGUGUGGUGGUAAAGCUCCAGCAGCAGUUAGAGGAGGCCGCACGGCACAGACAGCAGCUCCAGAGGCAACUGGAGGAGACGUCGAUGCACAGGAGCCAGAACGAGGAGCAGCUAACCUCACAACUUCAUGAUGCAGAGGAGGCUCUGUCACGCCAGGCUGCGCUGCCCCCGCAGGUCAAGUAUGUGACUAGGAUGGUUGAAGUGGAGUCGUCUCAGUGUAAGCAGGCUUUCAUGGACGCUCAGGGUCGUAACCAGACGCUUCAGGAGCAGCUGGGUCUGCAGAGACAACUCCUCAGAGAACUGGAACAACAGCUCCACGAGUCCCAGAGAACCAGCAGUCAGCUACGUCAACAGAUACUCAUGCAUGAGGGUGAGAUGGAGAGAGCUCAGGGUCAGCUGGAGGCCGAGAUGCAGAGUCUGGAGGAGGAGAAGAACAGAGUGAUCGAGGAAGCGUUCAUCAGAGCCGAGAGUGAGAUGAAGGCCGUCCACGAGAACCUCGCAGGCGUGCGGAUGAACCUCCUGACCCUCCAGCCGGCACUGAGGACGCUCACUUGCGAUUACAACUGUCUGAAGAGGCAGGUGCAGGACUUCCCUUACAUGCUGGAGAAAGCCAUCGGCGAGGCAAAGCAAGAGAUCUGUCAGGUGAUCGGAGAGGUGAGUAGCGCAAACCAAGAACUGUUGAGAAAAUACAAGCGCGAGAUGAACCUGAGGAAGAAAUGCCAUAAUGAGCUGGUGCGCCUCAAAGGAAACAUCCGUGUGUUGUGCCGAGUACGUCCCAUCUGCCCCGGAGAAGCGGAUGCUGCCGAGACCAAAAACGUUGUGACCUUUGACCUUGAUGAUGACGCUGCUCUUUACCUGUCCAAUAAGGGCAAGCUCAUGACCUUUCAACUUGACAAAGUCUUUCCUCCUCAGGCUACUCAAGAGGAGGUGUUCCAGGAAGUGCAGUCUCUGGUCACCUCCUGUAUCGAUGGCUUUAACGUAUGCAUCUUUGCCUAUGGGCAGACAGGUUCUGGAAAGACCUACACUAUGGAGGGCAUUCCUAAUGACCCUGGCAUUAACCAGCGCGCUCUCCGGCUCCUCUUCUCUGAAGUGUCGGAGAAGAAGCCAGACUGGGAUUACAAAAUCACCGUUAGCAUGGUGGAAAUUUACAACGAGACGCUUCGAAAUCUUCUGGGUGAUAAUCCGAAUGAGAAGCUUGAUAUAAAGAUGUGUCCGGAUGGGAGUGGGCAGCUGUAUGUGCCAGGACUCACAGAGUUCACCGUGGAGAGCGCAGGGGACAUUAACAAGGUAUUUGAACUGGGUCACAUGAACAGGGCAACGGCUUGUACCAAUCUAAAUGAGCACAGCUCUCGCUCUCACGCUCUCCUCAUCAUCACUGUAGCGGGUUUCAACUCAUCAACAGGCCAUCGUACCUCAGGUAAGCUGAAUCUAGUCGAUCUGGCUGGUUCUGAGCGAAUCGCCAAAUCGGGUGCUGAGGGCAGCCGUCUGCGUGAGGCUAAGUGCAUCAACAAGUCACUGUCUGCGCUGGGUGAUGUCAUCAAUGCCCUGCGCUCAAAACACUCACACGUGCCCUUCCGAAACUCCCGCCUCACUUACCUCCUGCAGGACUCGCUGAGUGGAGAUAGUAAAACCCUCAUGAUGGUGCAGGUGUCUCCUCUAGAGAGCAACGUCAGCGAGUCUGUCUGCUCUCUGAAGUUUGCUCAGCGCGUUCGGACUGUUGAGAUCGGCCCCUCGUCUUCAUCACGACGACAAGCAGAGAACUCUUCAACAUCCUCCUCACCUACUCAUGACAGCGUUGAGCUGGACUCUCCUCCCGUGACCCCUGUCCCAAUUCCCAUUUCAAGGGCCAGUAGUGCAGGUUCGACCCUCUCCUCCACCUCUAAAAGCAGCACCCGCCAGAGGUCCCACAGCCAGCUUUCCACAGAUAGAAAGGUAGACAGAAGCAGCCCAUUGGCUGGGGACGGUGGGCAGGUAGGUGGGGUUUUAUGUGGUUGGUCGCUUGGCAUGAAAUCGCUCAGCAUGGCAUGGUGCCCCACGCGUCACCUGGUCAAUGCCUACCCAUCUAACACAGCGGCUUUAACCCCAACAAGCUUUGUGCGAGUGUGGAUGUCCGUCAAGAUAAAUGUUGCCCAGUCUGUUGAUUUUGUUUUCGUCUUGUUUUGCUUAACGUUUUUGUCUUAUUUAUUUGUCGUCUUUUGUGGGUUCUGUAAUUGUGCAUUGUGUAUUUACUGUAUGUCAUUGUUAAUUACAUGUGUGCGAGAGAGGUGAUAAGUGUGUGUGUUUUGUUCAAUUACCCCCAGUAUAGAGGUCUGUGCGAUCGGUUUGUAUUUCACGGCGGUGGAAUUUUUUUCCACGUCCACCCCUCAAUUUCCAGGUUCUGCAUUUUCAAACGGAUUAUUUAUAUAAUGAUGCAAAAGCCUAAAUCAUGAAAUUAUGAAAUAAAAUGCCAUUAUAAACAGCAACACGGGGCUGUGCAGUCGCCUGUCAAUGACGUCAUAUCUAUGGAAGCAUAUGUGGUGCAAAAUUCUAUUUGCAAUGUAAUAUGCGAAAUGGCAAUGCAGUAUGUAAAUUUACAAUGCAAUUGUGUAUCUAAAUAUACAUUUCAAAUAAUGUAUGUGCAACAUUAGGUGCAAAAUGAAAAUAAAAAUUCAAUGAUAUCAAUUAAAUUUGUCAGUUCCUACACUAGUUUUGAUAAGUUAUUUAAAUAGAUAUUUUUAACGCUCUUAGGUUGCAAAAUGAAAAUGCAUUCCCGGGAUUGUACAUGUUUAAGAUAGUCAAGCAAAACUGUAGCAAAAAGAAAAUUUUAAUGUUAUUUUCCCUUAAUGCAUUAACAUUUACAGGUUGAACAUUUGGGAUUGCAUUUUCAUUCACACACAGCACGUUGAGUGGUGCAAAAUUCAAUGUGGACUUGAAAAUGCAUUUCGAGCUGACCAUGCCCCCUCCCCGGUACAGCGUCAUUGCGUGUGGGGGCGUGGUCAGCUCGAAAUGCAUUUUCAUUUUGCACCUAAUGUUACACACAGCUCUUAUUAAAAAGACACAAAUUACAGACAGUUCCAACUUCAAGAAAUGCCGCCCACUCUCGCUUCCAAAUCAAAAAUAUAAUCAGAGCGACAACAAAUUCACGACCUCUGGGAAUGCAGACCCCUAACCCCCCACAGCUUUUGUUUGGCUGGGCUGCCCUGUGGUGAUGGUGACAUGACGAUGUGUUUGUGUUUUUUAAUACAAAUGUGUAUCGUGAGGGUAAAAAAGUUCAACCUUAAAAUUAUACAGAAAGAUUCUCCUGUGAAAUGAGUAAUAACUCAAUUAGCUCAGAGAUUUCUUCUACACUUAAUUUUUUUACAAUUAUAGCAGAAUUGUUAAAAAAUGAAGACAAGAUAGCAAGUGAAAUCUCAGCAGCGUAUUUUAAUAAUAUCUGUUGUGUGGUUUUCACAGGAACAGCGUGCCGCCCCUGCGUUUUAUUUCACUGUCAUUAAAACGUAAACCUCACAAAAUACGUCAUCACCGCUUAUGUGAAUCACAGGCUUCAUCUCUGCCUUGUUUUUUCGUUUAUAGGACGAUUGAAGUUGAUAGCGUGACAGACGCCACAACAACGGACCACUGAGAGAUGCCCACCUUCAGUGCCGUUCCUCCUCCACAGCUCUCGACCAAUCAGCUCCCUCCUUGAGGAUUCUACCAAUGAUAUUCUGCUUCCUGGAAAGGAAGGAGCUUAACUGGCAAAUCAGGUUUUGUGUUAUCAACCACGACCAUGAGAGACCUCCACCGAAUUGACAUUCCUAUUCAUUGGACGUGAUUUAUAAUGAUACGUAAUUGAAGAUGAGGACCACCCCCUGAUCUCUCGACAGCGUCUGCUGCCUAAGGACGUAGAGAUCCUUCUGUUACUGCAAAGUAUUCCCGGGCAAUAAUGCACUUUAGUCGAGUCAUUUUUAGUGUUAAUGUUACGUGAAUGAAUUUGAUUUACAACGCUUGAAUGUGCGUGUUUGUAUAUCUGUGUGUGUCCGAGAUCUUAAAGGGUUAGUUCUCCCAAAAAUGAAAAUUCGUCAUCAUUUACUCAGCUUCAGGUUGUUCCAAACAAAGGUAGAUAUUUGAAAGAAUGUCAGUAACCAAACAUAUCUCAUCCCCCAUUUAAUGCCAUAGUGGGGGGCGAGAUCUGCUUUUUUACUGACAUUCUUCAAAAUAUUGUUUUUUAAUUUCAACAGAACAACAAAAUGUAUAAGGCUUUGGAACAACCUGAGGGUGAAUAAAUGAAGAAAGAAUUAUAAUUUUUGGGUGAACUAUCCCUUUAAAGAGAUCCUUGACUCCUUAAGAUAACUUUUUCUUUAUCAAUCUCUUGAAUUUUUCUGCAAGAACAAGUCAAACCUUAAGAGCUGACACACAUUGAAAACCAUUUAAUUAUGGCAAUAAGAAAUAAUGCAAAAAGUUUGUUUCUCCGUAGCAUUGUGUAUUUUUUGUAUAUAAUGUAGAAACUCCAAGGCCAUUUAAAGCCUGGAUGUGUCUUCAUGAUGCAUGCAUGUUUUGAGACUGUCAGAAUGUGCUCACAUUUUUUUUCUUUUUAUGACAAUCAUUAAAUAUUUUCAUGAUGAACAUAAUGGUAUACAGUGUUUGCUGAACUCGGCGAGUAAACAGGAUGAGGACUAGAUUUGUAAAUAUGUAUGUAUUAAUGUGACUCCUCACUGAGCUAACAGUACGUAAACAGUGGACACGUUUGACUUGAACUGUAAAAAUCCACCAGUUUGUGGCUCUGAGGGUCUUGCUUGUAUUCACAUUGAUGUACGUUUGUAUACAGUUUUGUUUUGUACACUGUUUUUAAUAAAAGCUCUGAACCAAA